AACUGGCUUUCUCUCCUCACUGGACGUGACUGAAAGCUCAGAAACAAAGUGUUUAAUGCAUAAGAGAGAAUACUGAAGUAACACAGACCAUGGACACGGACGCGCCCAGUCCACGCGGAGUCCAUGUUGGUCACAUGACCAGCGGAGUCACCACUGUCGUAAAGAUAAAUAUUCAGGAUUGUGAGUUUUUUAAUAGCUUUGAAAAGUGUUUUUCCGAAACUUAAAAUUGCAUUCGUUUACCAAAAAUUCAACUUCAACGACUAAAGUUUUACUUUUUUUAUUGUUUAAAAACUUUGGUUUAGUUCACCUGGAAAAGACACGUUAUUGUGACCUUAUAUGAUGAUAUUGUGGCAACCCAUAACCAACCUGAGAAAUUAUGUUGCCAAUAAACCUCCUGGAGUGACUUUUUUCCUUUGCCUUAUAAGUCUGGCUGUCUCGUUCCUCUUUCUCGGUGUUUACAGCUAUAAUCACAUCCUCCCUAAUCCAGAUGUUGUAAAGGACUGGAACCACCUGCUUUCAUAUAUUGCUCAGUAUCACUUAUGUGAAACAAACAGCACAGGUUUUACCCAACUAAUUUCAACUUCUAAUAAAGAACCAAAAGUUCAAAAAGAAGACUUAACCUAUUCUACAACAGUGGCGGUUUCUGUUGAGCCAAUACAUGCUCGAGUCCCUCUUAUUUUAUCUUCUAAAGGGAGCUCCCAGAGCAUUUCCCUGCACACCAGUUUCUCAGCCAGCCAACUAAAGCUUGAAGGAAAUCAAACGUUUAGUGUAACUAUAGACUUCACUGCUAAUGAGAGUUAUGCUUGCCUUAGUAUAAGAGAGCCAUCUUAUCUACUUUCUAUAAAUCCACAACCACCAGCAUGCCGUGAGAAUGUGAUUAACCAGCAAGCUAUCUAUACUGAAGCAAAGAAAGUGAUGGCACCAGCACAAAAAUGCUUCAGUUUUCAAGCCAUACAUGACCCAACACUUCAAGUUAUGUUGACAAAGGAAGAUCAACUUGUAGCUAUACGACAUCUUUUGGAAGUAGCUCUUGUUUUACUUGGAGUUUGUUUAAUACUUUGUCUAUCUGUGAGCCUCACACAAACCCAGAAUCCACAUCCCCGCUGGAAGGAGCAGGAUCUUCAUCAUGAACCUCUGAUCAAAAACUGAAUGUUCUCUCUCCUGUGUUAUUUCUCACAAAAAUCAUAUAGAACUACUGUAAAUAUGAUCUAUGUGAAUUACUGUCUAACUUGAGUCCUUUAAUGGGAUUAAAUAAAAUGUAUAAAGAUCACCUG